CGGUCCUCCAGCAUCCCACAAUCCCCCGCUCCUUUCCGCUCCCGUUUGUUCCCAGUAACAACCAGUAUGGACCAGUACAUCAUACUGGGCCGCAUCGGGGAGGGCGCCCACGGCGUCGUCUUCAAGGCCAAGGACAGGGAGACAGGAGAGACGGUGGCCCUGAAGAAGGUCCCCCUGCGGCGCCCCGAAGAGGGGGUGCCCCCCCAAACCCUGCGGGAGAUCAAAGCCCUGAGGGAAAUCGAGGAUCACCCCCAUGUUGUCCGUCUCCGCGCCGCCUUCGCCCAGGGUCCCGCCGUCGUCCUGGCCUUCGAUUUCCUGGUGGGGGAUUUGGGGGGGCUCCUGAGGGCCACCCCGGCCCCCCUGUCCCCCCCCCGCGUCCGCGCGUUGCUGGCCAUGACCUUGAGGGGGCUGGGGCACUGCCACCGCCAGCGCAUCCUCCAUCGG